AUGUCCAACAAACUCUCCUCGGUGCGUUGGUCAGGUACCAUCAAACCUUCAGCCAUAUUUGGGGGUUUUCUUGUAGAUGAGACUAAUCUGAUCCGGACUCUGCACCUCCGCCAAGAUGGACCUCCUGGUGAUGGUACCACCAGCACCCGACUUUACUUCAUCAUUCAUCGCACAAACCCGACAUCUGCUCCAUGGAUGGAGUGUUCUGAGUGCAACCCACAUAUUGUGUCCACCUAUCUGUAUAGCUCGGUCCAGCUGCCGUGCUCCUUCCCUUUCGUACGAGGACCGGAAGGCCUGACGGUGGUUUGGGAGAAAGUGGGGAACGGCGGAAGGAAAUUGCUGGUCCACAAGUUCACGGACGGCGAAGACCAUCUCGGUGACCAGGACCCGCAGUUCAGAAACCGCACGGAACUCUCCAAGGACUUCGCACUGGGGAACCUGAACCUCAGGCUGAGGGGGGUGACCUUCGAGGACGAGGGGACGUACAUCUGCAAGGCGGCCCAUACGAAGGGUGACGGAGACCUGACCCUGGACCUGGCGAUCAGCGGCUUAAAUGUCACCAAACCCACCAUUACCUUUACCUACGUGAGUGGGGAUCAAUACCUGCUCUGCCUGAGCUCUGGGAUGUUCCAGGAUCUGAAAGUCAGCUGGUACGAUAGGCAGAAAAGAGACUUAUCCAUGAGAGCAAAUUAAACCUUCAGUGACCUCGGGGAAGGAAGGGAGAUGGUGAAAUCCGUCUUGAAAAUGGACCUGGCGCCGAACUUGGACUACUUCUGCCAGAUCCGGGAAGGGAGGCUGAACAGAAGCGUCCGCGCUGUGAUAUCAGGUAUGGACUCUGGAUCUUAG